AUGUGGCAAAGUAGUAAAAUAUCUGCAAUGUAUUUCAUGGACAAAGAUUCCAAACUGUCUAACUUAUUUCAACAGGCAAGCAGUCCUACAACAGGAACAGCUCCCAGGAGUCAGUCUCGGUUGUCUGUCUGCCCCUCCACUCAGGACAUUUGUAGGAUCUGUCACUGUGAGGGAGAUGAUGAAAGCCCCCUCAUCACGCCGUGUCGCUGCACGGGGACGCUGCGCUUUGUCCACCAGGCCUGCCUGCACCAGUGGAUCAAGAGCUCGGACACGCGCUGCUGCGAGCUCUGCAAGUACGACUUCAUCAUGGAGACCAAGCUCAAGCCCCUCCGGAAGUGGGAGAAAUUACAGAUGACAACAAGUGAGAGGAGAAAAAUUGUUUGUUCAGUCACAUUCCAUAUAAUUGCAAUUACCUGCGUUGUUUGGUCAUUGUAUGUUUUAAUUGACAGAACGGCUGAAGAAAUUAAACAAGGCAAUGAUAACGGUGUCCUUGAAUGGCCAUUUUGGACAAAACUCGUUGUGGUGGCCAUUGGAUUCACAGGAGGCCUGGUCUUCAUGUAUGUGCAGUGUAAGGUUUACGUCCAGCUGUGGCGCAGGUUGAAAGCCUACAACAGAGUGAUCUUUGUUCAGAACUGCCCAGACACCAUCAAAAAACUGGAGGAGAAAAGCUCUCCGUGCACUCAGCCCUCGGAGGUGAAGGACGCGGUGGUGGUGCCAGUAGCACACACAGGUACAAACUCUCAGCCGGCGGCGGAAGAGGCGAUGUCGGAGGUCAUGCCAGUUUGACACGGACAGCAUUGCUUCUUCCUUGCAGAGUAAGCUGUAGUGUCUGCUACACUACAAAUGCUACAAGAAAGUAGAAAUGACUGUGCAUUUUUUCGGUUAAAGAAGACCCCAACCAAACAAGAAAAAUACCCCAUACAAAAACCAAAACCGUACAAGGAAAAUGGAUCCAGCAAAGCAACUUGUUAAUGUAUGGAAUGUGCCCGUUCGUGACGUAGUUCUGCAACUAGUCAGCAAGUGUAGUGAAAGUGGAAGUGUAGAAAGUGCAAUAGAGAACAGGUUUAACAGACAAUGCCAAACCUAUGUAACAAUGUACUUUUUUUUUUUUUUUUCCCCUAACUGGGCUGGCUGGGAAAGUAGAAAACAGAAGUGAUACAAUGAUUUUGUUUACAGAAGACACAAAACCUUUCAUCUGUUUACUACUAAAAGUUGUAUUUGCUAUUUACCUUUUCAAAGAUACACUUCAAAGGGUACCAAUCCAAAUAAUAUGCAUUAACAGAAUCGAAGUACAGAGAGAUGUAUUGCAGCACUCCCUCUCUUAGCCUCGUACGGCAACACCUUCAUGUGACUGUAGUGGAGCCUGAAUGUUUGGGCAGCUGUGUCAACUAUGGAUAUUUGAACCAGUUGUUUUAACUAUGGCUGGAUUUUUGAAAAUUAAGCAGUUCCAACCAAUAUAAACUCACAUCUCCAUAAGCUGCAGACAGUUUUUUUUAAAUGUCAGGGAAGUACAGGAAGAAUAUGGAGAUAUGCAUUUAGAAGAGCAGCUCCGUUGUUUAUUUUACUUCAUAGGAAUGAAUUAGGCAUCAAUUGGAUACACAAAGUAUUGAGGCAAAAUUGUAAAUUAAAAAAAAAGCAGUUUACUGCAGAAUUACACAGAAGUAAAUUGUCUGUUGUCAAAGGUCUGAAAAAGGAUGAAGAUGGAAGCUACUUUUGGUUUUAUUUUUUAAGAUUCAUGAUACAGAAAGGUAGAUAUAAGAGAACAUACCUACCUAUAUAUCUUAAGAAAACAUUAGUUUUUAUCUCCUUGCUCUAAAAAGCUAGUUUUUAUCUUCCUGACUGAAAAAAACAGAUCAAUGGUUUCCUUCUGUACAGGUAAACUUAA